AUGACUCUAAUGAAGACAAUUACAUCUCAAAUAGUUCAGGAUCAAUACCCAUCCUGGGAGGAAUCACGAGUUGUGAAUACCCCAGGAACUCAUGGAACUCCUUGUGCUUUCAAUUCAAAUCUCCAUCGAUCAAUCGACGUUGAGGAUUUAGCAAGUGUUUUCGGUAAUACCGUGAAGAAUAAUUCUCACCCAAAAAUUCAACACUCACGGCAUCACCGAGUGUUCCGUCCCAAUCAGAUAUCGCGAUCACCAGCUUAUCAGCGAGUCCAGCCGGAGCGUUUCAAUUGUUCAAGUGAUUGCUACGAAUUCUCAUCGAUUUAUGAUAAUUAUAAUUGCAAUGGGAAUUUUUCUGGUGGCAUUCAGCAGUCAUUUGGCAUUCCUUGUACAGAGGCCCAGUGGUUGGCCUGUCCUGUCAAUGAUUGUCCAGCUUUUCAGGAUAGAGCUGGACAGGGGUUGGGCUGGAAUUGGAAUUUAACCUCGGCUUAUCCGAGUUUGUGUCUAGACGGAUCAGAAUGUCGUGCCUAUCAGACCGAUUACAGGAGUUGUCCACUGGUUAAUGAUGAGAGACAGUGUCUAGAGGAUUAUUUUGUCAUGAGACUGGCUAUCGCUUAUCUCAAGGCUCGGAGUGUCGUCGAUGGCUUGGCAGAACCACUCACGAAGGCUGAAAAGUUUUCGGAGAUGGACACGAUGUGCCAGGAAGCCUUGGAUGGCUUCAUGCUCGUGCUGUCUAACAAUGGCGAUAUGGUCUAUCUGUCUGAAAACGUCAGUGAUUAUCUGGGAAUUCCACAGAUGGACAUGAUGGGCCAGAGUGUCUUCGAAUAUGGACAUCCAUGUGAUCAUGAUGAAAUUCGUCAAUGUCUAUCGAUGACAGCUGAAGACGUCGAGGAAAAGCGCAGCUGCAAUUUUUUUCUCCGUUUAAAAUGCACUCUCACUACUAAAGGGAGAAAAGUUAAUUUGAAGAGUGCCUCCUACAAGGUGAUUCACUGCAUCGGACACCCCAUGGUAUCUCGUCAGACUGUGUCUGAUGCAACUGAGGAUUCUGAUGUCAGCAUUCGUGAAUUUUCUGUCUGUGGGUCCUCUGGAUCCUCUGGUUCUGGAACUGAGGACAGCCAGGAUUGCUCUGACAAGGGAAGUGUCAGACUGUCGAGUGGAAUCUCUCUGGUGGUGGUAGGAUGUCCCAUUCCCCACCCCAGCAACAUCGAGGUGCCUCUGGGACGUCACACCUUUCUAUCCAAACAUAAUCUCAACAUGAAGUUCACUUAUGCUGAUGACAGGUGAAUUUAUGUCUCCAUAACUCUCCGUUUAGUCAAUAAUUAGUUGAAAAAUUGAGUAACUUCUGUUGUUGUCACAAGUUUUACGAAAAUAUCUCCAAUACCAAGGCAAAUACAGAAAUUUUUGUAAUAAGCAUUUUUCUAGCUGUCAGUCAACUCUACAAAAAGUAUUCGACAAUAAUUCCGCUAUCUCCUCAAAUUCCGGAGAUAUUUCGAGAC